UGGACUGCAGGCGAGCAAAUGUCCUUGUGUGUGAAUGAGGGUUUUUUUGCGCCAGGCUCCGGUUGGGCAGGUCUCAGCUUUGAUGGAUAAAACAAAGAAGCAACGUCAUUCUGCCCCUUGGCUAAGAUUACCCUGUGUUCUGAUUCCAGCAAACGGCCCAGGUGUGAACAAGGUGUUGCCAACUUGGCAGUGCAAUUGCAUGCCCGAUUGUGAGUUGUUCUGCCCACGUGGAUCCGGCUAUGGAAAGCACAACCCAGCUCAGAUCUCUUCUCCCAGUGGUGGAUAUUUUGUCAUCCCACUGCACCAGUCCUACCAAGUGUUCCGUUUCCUGGUUUUCAAUACCUCUAAGUAAAUAAAGACCAUGUCGGAAAAGAUCCUCGUGACAGGUGGAGCUGGCUAUAUAGGGAGCCACUGCGUUCUGGAGCUGGUUGAGGCUGGCUAUACCCCGGUAGUUAUCGAUAAUUUCCACAAUGCCAUCCGAGGAGAAAAUAUGGUUCCGGAGAGUAUUCAGCGGGUGAUGGAGAUUGUGGGAAAGGAGAUCCCAUUCCAGGAGCUGGAUGUUCUUGACGAGAGGGGCCUUCAGGAGCUCUUCAAAAAGCAUCACUUUUCUGCAGUGAUACAUUUUGCGGGUCUUAAAGCCGUUGGGGAGUCUGUUCAGAUGCCACUGGAAUAUUACAAAGUGAAUCUGACAGGGAGCAUCCGGUUGCUGGAGACCAUGAAAGCCCAUGGAGUCAGGAACAUAGUCUUCAGCAGUUCAGCCACAGUCUAUGGAGAUCCUGUUUACCUCCCUCUUGACGAGAAGCACCCGGUCGGCAGCUGCACCAAUCCCUACGGCAAAUCCAAGUAUUUCAUUGAGGAGAUGAUCCAGGAUUUGUGCAAGGCGGAACCAGAGUGGAACGCUGUUCUCUUGCGGUAUUUUAACCCUAUUGGAGCUCACAAGUCCGGAAAAAUUGGAGAAGACCCCCAGGGCAUCCCAAACAAUCUGAUGCCUUAUGUUGCCCAGGUGGCUGUGGGGCGCAGAGAGCAUCUGAAUGUCUUUGGGAAUGAUUAUGACACAGUGGAUGGGACAGGCAUUCGGGAUUAUAUCCAUGUAACUGAUCUGGCAAAGGGCCAUAUUGCAGCCUUGCAGAAGCUCAAGGAGAACUGUGGAUGCAAGAUUUACAACCUUGGGACUGGUGUUGGCUACUCGGUCUUGCAGAUGGUCAAAGCCAUGGAGAAGGCAUCUGGGAGACAGAUAAACUACAAGAUUGUUGAACGCCGAGAAGGGGACGUAGCCUCUUGUUAUGCAAACCCUGGUUUAGCUGAGCGAGAGCUGGGUUGGAAAGCUAUCUUUGGCCUGGACAAAAUGUGUGAGGACUUAUGGCGGUGGCAGUCACAGAAUCCCAUCGGUUUCAGCAAGAACUACUAGGAGGUGGAAGAUGCUGCUUGUCCUACCCACGUACAACCACUGGCACACUGGUCCAGGGCUGACUAGUUUUGAAAAAGGAAGCUGGUCCAUGCUUGUUUCUUCUUUCCUUUUUGGAACCAACUCAUCACACCAGAGGAUGCCAUUGCCCUCUUUAAGUUGCCCGUUCUCUUCUCCUCAUCCUAUCUCUCUGCCAGAAAGAAACUCAAGAGUCUUUUUACUGACGGAGGGGACCUGUUUUUUACUGAAUUAGGAGCAGCGGGACACCUAGCUGCAUGUCACAGGAGGACAAAAUCCAAAUGUUUCUCUAUAGCUUGGUUGGCUUUGGGGGGAUUUAAUCCACAACUCUUUGGUUUCAAGAGACGAGAGCUGUCUAGGGUUAAGAGAGCAAGAUUUCAGAGACCCGAUUCUUUCAUUUGAGUGGAAGAGCCAAGAUACAGAAAAGGUUAAACAAAACUAAGCCUGACGGUGGUGAAGUGGGUUUUGUCAUUAUCUCCACUUCUUUUUCUAAAGUAUAAACCGUACAACUCAUUAUUUUGAGCAAAAUAAUAGUAAUGGAAGUAUCUCUUUAAGCUGUAAAUUUUAACAUUGCUCAGAUGACAGUCCAAAAGCUGUUGGGCUGGUUGGUCUUUAAAACAGACAUCACAAAUCCUUAGUGAACCUUUUAAGUUCUUCUGGAUAGUGAUACAGCUAAAGGCACUACAUGCGGUGAUAUUUCUAAUAUCUUGAAAAGAGAUGCUUUAAGAUAGUACAUUGAUAGUACAUUGGAAAAAAAAAACAGAAGCGCAUAAUAGUCUGCCAGCAAGGUAGCUAAACAGUAUAGUCCUGGAGCCUCUUAUCGUAGUCAUAAUUCGUGACAGUCAUAAAGCAUCUAUUUUACUA